AUGUCUUUAUAAAACCCUGAUCAGGAUACUUUGAAAUAAGCGGAGUUUAGACAAAGCCCUACCCUAGUAUAGAAUGACUAAAGUAAUUUUAAAAGGCAGUGCUCUCCUAGUUCAGGUUAAUUUGAAGAAAGUGUGGUAAAGGAGCAAAAAUAGCAAGUUUAGACUUCUACGAUUAGAAACAGCUAAAGUCCAAAUAGAAAGUAAUCAUAAGAAAAAAGCAAGAGCAAUUCUAGAAAGCAGUCAAUAGAAGAUAAUAAUAAUAAUAAUCAUGAUGUAUAAGUUGAUAAAGUAUUAGAGAACUAGGAUGAAGAAGUAGAGGAUGAUUAUGAAGAGGAAGAUGCUGUUGAAGAAGAUGAUCGAAACACACUCCAAAAAAGCAUUCAUAAUCCUGAAUUUUUGAAAUAGCAAUAAAAAAAAUCUGAUGCGUUUUAUGCAUAACUACAAAAAAAAUACGAAGAAUAAAAAUAGUUGAUGGAAACAGGAUUAGACUAGAAAUAGUAAGAAACAGAGAAAUAAAAUUAGAAUUCUACUCAAUAGCUAUAUGCAGAUAAUUCUGAAGAAAGUAAGCAUAAUUAGCAAAGCAUCCUUAUUUAGGCAAAUUCGUAGCUCUUAGAUGGAAGGAAUAUUGUCAGUUCCGUGGGAAUGAGCAAUAUCAACUAGCCACUGCAAGAUUCAAGUAAAUGGGAAUGGAUGACUUGCAAUUUUUUGAUUAAGCAAAUCUAGGCUGAAAGCACAAUAGUCUGGUCUCUCCAACCAACUGUCACUUUUGGUAAUCCCAGGAAUGAUCAAAAUAUUCAGGUACCAAAAAUGAGUUUGAUAAUGGAAAGAAAUUUCACUUAUGAUAGUGAACUUGGAUGGAACUGGCAUAAAAGUUGGAUUUUACCAACUAUUUGCCUGAAGUUGGAAAUUAUAGAUCCAGAAACUAAAGAAGUAUUCAGUCCUCCUAAAAACACAUAUGCCUAAAUUUACGCUGUCAAGGCAAAUACUAAAGAAAUUUCUAAAUUUCAUAUAAUAGAUGUUGGUUUAAAAGGAACAGAUAGACUACCUUUAGAAAAUGGCACUGUGACUUUUCAGGCUUUGAAAUUUACUUCUACCUCUUAUAACAACGAAGGUAGUAAAUUCAACUUAGUAGUUGCUAUAAUCGUAUAAAAUGAUAAUGAUCCUCACCCAAAGGUUAUUGAAGCUAUGAUAUCUCCUCCUGUUUUUGUUGAUUCUCGUAAGAGUGCAAGAGAAACUCAAAUUAUUAAGCAUGUAAAACUGUCAAGUUUCUAUGAUUUAUUUACGCCAGACAACUUCUAAAAGCAUUUGAUAAAGAGGAAGAAAAAAGAAAAUGAGCCAAGCCAAGAAGAAAUCUAAAAUGAUAUUGGAGGUUUUACUGGAUAUUUUACUGCUCCUAAUAUCAGAAAUAAAGUUAAACACCCAUUUUUCUUGGCAUAUAAAUUUUCUAAUUGCAUGCAACUAUAUUAUAAUAGUGAUGAAUUUAAAGGAAAUCUAAAUUAUGAAAAAUUUGUAGAAAGAGUUGUUGAAAGUCUUUUAGAAAAGGGUAGAAUUCACUGCUCAUAAAAUGGAAAAUCAAAGAAAGUAGUAAAUGGGAUAGAUAAAAUUAAUUAGCAAGCACUCAUGACAAUUGUAUUGACUACUUAAAAGUAAAAUAUAUUCUUCAUGAAUAAAAAAAUAGCAGAACUGCUUGGACCAGUUGAUAAUAGUGUUGUCAAUAUCAUAUUUGACAAGAGUUACUUGCCUGAAAAAUAUGUUUUGAUUCCAAAUAUCGAAAAAAUUCGUAAAGCAUAUGAAGAUAUUUAUCAAAAAAUACUAAAGAAACAACCACUAACUAAGAGAUCUCCAAGUGAAGAAGACAUGAAUUAUGCCAAACACGAAGAUAUCACUUACAAAAAAUUGAAAAUUGAUGAAGAUGACAAAAUGAACUCCGACGAAAGUAGUCCUUAACCACCUCAAAUUACCUAAGCUUAAAAAUUAUAGUUUUAAAUGAAUUCUAAACCACCUGAUGUUGUUCCAAAGCUUUAAGCCUAUAUUGCUCCUCAGACAAAAUUAUAACAAGCCUCUCCAUAAGUUAAAGAAGAAAAGUCAGCUAAAUAACCAAAAUAAGUAAAUGUAGCAACUCCUGCUUUAUAAGAACAAUCUGCAAUCCCAUAAGUGAAAGUUUAAUCAAGUCCUGGAAAAAACAAUAUAAUUUUACAAUAACAAUAGUAAAAUCAGUAAUAAGUUUUAUUAUAAUAGCAAUUUGAUUAGAAUAAUUUAUAGCAACAGCAAUAGUAAGCUUAAUAAAAAAUAUUAAUUGCAGGAAAUAGCUUAGCAGCGAAUCAAUAGCAAGUUCCCUAAUAAAUUUUACCUAUGCAUUAAUAGUUAGUUGGAAAUUAAAUAAAUGGGCUGAUGUAGUAACAGUAACUAUAAUAACCAAUUCAGUAAAACUAGUAAUUAAGCUAAGUUUAGCAAUAGUAAUAGUAAUAAUAACAACAACAAAUAAUUCAAUAAAAUAUGAUGAUCUAAUAGCAUUAAUAGCAAUAGCCAUAGCAACAGCAUUAAAAUCUAUCUCAAUAACUUUUGUUAGUGUAAGAUCCUUAGGCUUUUAAUCUAAUCUAAUUGUAAAUGUUAUAGCAAUAAGCUCAACCUUAAUAAAACCAAUAAUUAAUAGGGUAAAUAGGAAAUUAAGCAUAUACAAUUCCUUCAACUGCAGAUAUUAACCAAAUAUAACUAAAUUAAUUACUGCAGUAAUAACAAAAUUAAAAUUUGCAAAUGCUUAAUAAUUAAAUAAAUUAAAAUGCAUAAAACUUGAUUCAACUACAAAACCAACCAGGCAGUUAAAUACAAGUAAUCAAUGGAUAAAUAAUACCAAAAUAAAUGGAAGUAUAAAUGGGUUAGUUUGCACUUCAAAACUAAUAAGGAAUCGGGUAAAUAAAUGCAAAUUAAAAUAUUUUUGUAGGAUAAUAAAUGAACUAAAAAUAACAAUAGAACUUAAUUCAAUAGUAGCAUCAACAAUAAUAAGCUAGACUAAUCUAGCAAUAAUAGCAAUAGCCCUUCAUGACUCAGUAGCUAGUAUAUAAUAGUUAAGGUAUUUUAGACCCUAAUUAUUAGCUUUAAUUAGCCAACUAACAAAUUUAAUCAGCUAAUUAAUAAAUUCAGUAAAUAUAAGGCAUCAAAACCAUAAAUCAAAAUGAUAAUGCACUCUUGUUGCAGCAGCUUGGCAUGUAGCAACAGCCUCAAACACAAUAACAAGCUAAUGGUAUAAAUCAGAUAUUUUAGUAACAGGCUUAGCCAAAUCGUUAAAUUCAACAACCUCAAUUUAACCCAGCAUAGUAACAGUAAUAAUAGCAGUACUAAAUGUUUAAUAACAUGAUAUUAAAUCCUAAUGACCCUUCAUCUUUCAAAUAAAUUAAUGGAAAUAUUUAAGAUUUUAUAAAUAACACUCAACUUUAGCAGAUUAUGGGUGGUAAAAAUACUAAAAUAGAAUGA